UUUUAAAGGUGUAUAUCAAAGCCCCCCGAAUCCUCCAUUCAUUUCCACCUGGUGGGGAAGAGGAUUAUCGUUUCCCUUUCAGGAUUUUCGUUUCCUUCUCCUUUUGAAUCUUUCAUUUUCCCCCACAAACCAUGGGAAAGGGUCCUGGUCUCUACUCCGACAUCGGCAAGAGAGCUAGAGAUCUUCUGUACAGAGACUACCAGAGCGACCAAAAGUUCACCAUCACCACCUACUCCCCCACUGGAGUUGCUAUAACAUCUUCAGGAACUAAGAAGGGUGACCUGUUUCUGGCUGAUGUGAAUACUCAGCUGAAGAACAAAAAUAUCACAACGGAUAUCAAAGUUGACACGAGCUCCAAUCUUGUCACAACUAUCACCGUGGAUGAACCUGCUCCUGGAUUGAAGGCAAUCUUUAGUUUCAAAGUCCCUGAUCAAAGGUCUGGUAAGGUGGAACUGCAAUAUCUGCAUGAUUAUGCUGGAAUCAGCACGAGUAUUGGGCUGACAGCCAAUCCUAUUGUCAACUUUUCUGGUGUUGUUGGAACGAAUCUUCUUGCCCUUGGUACCGAUCUUUCAUUCGAUACCAAAACUGGAAACUUCACCAAAGUCAACUCUGGACUAAGCUUUGCCAACGCAGACCUUAUUGCUUCUCUGACCUUGAACGAUAAAGGUGAUACCUUGAGUGCAUCAUACUACCACACAGUGAACCCAUUGACUAGCACCGCUGUCGGUGCGGAGGUAGCUCAUAGCUUUUCCUCCAACGAGAACACGAUCACGGUCGGCACCCAACAUGCACUCGACCCAUUGACCACAGUGAAGGCACGGGUGAACAACUUCGGAAAGGCAAGUGCUCUUAUCCAGCACGAGUGGCGUCCAAAAUCAUUGUUCACUGUAUCUGGGGAGGUAGACACCAAAGCAAUUGAGAAGAGCGCAAAAGUUGGUCUAGCUUUGGUUCUCAAGCCAUGAUUAGGAAAUUUCACUCGCUAUGGCUUGAAGAAUUAACUUGUUUGUUCUUCAGACUUGGCAGUUGUUUUGGAUUGUUGAAAUAAGCGUUGAGAUGAUGAUGGUAUCAUUAGAGACUUGUUUAGUACACUCUGGUCAGCCCCUCCCUUUUGAAACUGAGGCCCAUGAUGGAUUCAUGCUGAGAUAUUGUUCCAACUCUAUUUUCUUGUUCCAAGUUUCGACACAAUAGGUUCAAAUCUAUUUCUGUAUCGACAAGAAUUUAAGGAAUUGACAAGUGUAGACGAUUUUACACAAACAAACCUUCCCCUAAUCCCCAAUUU